CGCUAAUCUAAAUCAGUCUCUUAUAGUUGGAAUUUUCUCAUCGAGUUGAAAUCUGCUUGUUUUGCUCAGACGUCCUGCUCACAUGGCAUUUAUAGAACAUCAUCGAGACGGAGGAGUAAAAUGGCGAUUGUUUGGGAGAUCGCGAGGGGCAGCUUAUGUAUUUAUGUUGCAGCUUAUUUUUAUUCUUCAAACGGAGGGACAGAUCCGGUAUUCGAUCCCAGAGGAGAUGAAGAAAGGGUCCCUUGUCGGUAACAUCGCACAAGACCUGGGUUUGGAUUUAAAAAGGCUUCGUUCUGGUCGGGCCCGCAUCGUGACCGGAGAGAGCGUUCAGUACACCGAGCUGAAGACAGACAAAGGGACUUUGGUCGUCAAAGAGCGAAUAGACCGAGAGCAGCUUUGUGGAGACGUGACACCGUGUAGCUUUACCUUUGAGAUUUUACUGGAAAGCCCCAUGGAGCUGCACCCUGUGACCAUAGAGGUACUGGACGUGAACGACAACGCUCCCUCUUUUCAAAACAGCCAUCAGGAAUUUGAAAUAAGCGAAUCCGCCGCACUCGGCUCCCGUUUUGUUCUGGAGAGUGCAGACGAUGCUGACGUUGGGCCAAACAGUCUGCAGAACUAUAUUUUAACCCCCAACGACAAUUUUUCGUUGAAACAACAUGUUAAUCCGGAUGGCAGUAAAUAUGCUGAAAUGGUGCUUCAAAAAUCAUUAGACAGAGAAGAACAGCCACGCCUGUCUCUAAAGUUGUUGGCAGUGGACGGAGGAAAUCCACAGAGAUCCGGUACAGUAAAUAUAGGUAUCAAUGUCUUGGAUAUUAAUGAUAAUUCUCCUGUGUUUAAUCAAUCGAUAUAUAAGGGAUCGGUGAUAGAAAACGCACCAAAAGGUACUCCUAUUGUUACAGUGAAUGCAAGCGACGCAGAUAGUGGUUUAAACGGCCGAGUAACAUAUUUUUUCUCAAAGUCAAAAGCAGGAAUAGCUGAUUUGUUUGACAUUGACGAGGCUACAGGGAGAAUUUAUGUGGCAAAGGAAAUUGAUUAUGAAAAUGACAAAAAAAUUGAGUUCAGGGUGGAAGCUAAAGAUCAAGGAGGACUAACAGAUUCAAGUAAAGUUGAAAUAGAGGUUAUAGAUGUAAAUGAUAACGCUCCGGUCAUCAACGUUAUGUCAUUCACCAGCUCUGUUUCGGAAGACUCCCCUGCUGGUACCACCAUCGGCAUAAUUAAUGUUAAAGAUGUUGAUUCGGGGGAAAAUGGUCAAAUAAGGUGCAUGAUAGAAGGCAGUGUUCCUUUUAAAAUUAAAUCCAACGUGAGAAAUUAUUAUGCAUUGAUAACUGAUGCCCUAUUAGAUCGUGAACACCUGUCAGAGUGGAACAUCACUGUCAUUGCGUCUGACGCAGGCUCGCCUCCCCUCUCAACGAAAAGAAUGUUUUAUUUAAAAGUCUCGGACGUCAACGACAAUGCCCCUGUCUUUCCAAGAGGCCUUUACAGUGCUUUCAUAGCAGAGAACAACUCCCCAGGCGUUUCUGUACUUAGAGUUAAUGCUAAAGACCCUGAUGAAAACCAGAACGCACGUGUUUCUUAUAUUUUGGAAGACUGUGAGAUUGGUGGAUCUCCAAUAUCUCAAUAUGUUUCCGUUAAUGCUGAAACCGGAGUCAUUUGUGCAGUUCGUUCAUAUGAUUAUGAACAAAUCAAAGAACUGAUGUUCGUUAUCAAAGCUCAGGAUGGAGGCUCUCCUCCACUCAGUAGUAACGUGACUGUGAAAAUAUUGAUCCAGGACCAGAACGACAACCCCCCUCAGGUUCUGUACCCAGUCCAGACUGGUGGCUCUCUGGUGGCUGAGAUGGUGCCUCGUUCAGCAGAUGUGGGCUAUCUGGUCACUAAAGUGGUGGCUGUGGAUGUGGACUCUGGACAGAAUGCCUGGCUCUCCUAUAAACUGCAGAAAGCCACAGACAGGGCGCUGUUUGAAGUGGGCUCACAGAAUGGAGAAAUAAGAACUAUCCGCCAAGUCACUGAUAAAGACGCAGUGAAACAAAGACUGACUGUUAUAGUGGAGGACAACGGGCAGCCCUCUCGUUCAGCUACAGUCGUUGUUAACGUGGCGGUGGCGGACAGCUUCCCUGAAGUGCUGUCGGAGUUCACUGACUUUACGCACGACAAGGAGUACAACGAAAACCUGACUUUUUACUUAGUGUUGGCUCUGGCUGUAGUUUCCUUCCUCUUCAUCACUUGUGUAGUGGUUAUUAUCUCAGUGAAAAUCUACAGGUGGAGACAGUCUCGCGUCCUGUAUCACUCCAAUCUCCCUGUGAUUCCAUAUUAUCCACCACGUUACUCAGACACUUUGGGGACAGGGACUCUCCAACACGUGUACAARUACGAGGUGUGCAGGACGACUGACUCCAGAAAGAGUGACUGUAAGUUCGGCAGAGCUGGUAGUCAGAACGUGCUGAUAAUGGACCCCAGUUCUACAGGGACGAUGCAGCGGAUACAGAGUGAAAAGAGCAUCCUGGAUGAACCAGACUCUCCUCUGGAGGUGAGUUAA